AGAAGCGCUAAACGAUUGCCUAAUAAAUUUCGAUUGUCGUGUACUAUUAACGGAUUUGAUAAAUGAAUAUCAUAUGCCAAUUGAGGAAGUGUACUUUGUAGCUGACGGUCUGAUUUUACACCCUUCUAUUACUGCUGUUCAAAACUUUAUUGGGCAACAAAUCGUUUUCUUAGGCGGCGAGCACACACCAACAGGGUUUUCCUUCCAAUAACCACGUAACAACUAGUCCUCCACUGCCGCACUGUAUUUUCAAAUGGUGCGUUUCGAACCUUUAGGCCAGAAAAUGUUCACACGGCGCAAUUGGCUGCUCCGCUGUAGCAUACUCAUCAAUAUUAUUGUCAUCCUCUACAUAUGCAGUCACGUCAUGAUUGGCAAUGGUAGCGGUUUUAAUGGAGGCAGCACAUUCUUUAUACAGGAACGAGGAGUGGAGCCCUCGAAUACGCAACUACCGAAUAAUGAGCCACUUGUAGGCGAUAAGCUACAAUCGGCACUGCCACCACCAGCCGCAUCUAGUGAUCUGCAACCGGCGCCGCCAGGGUCCAAUGAUUCUGGAGGCUCUAUAGCGGCGCCUGCUGCGCCAAGCGAAAUAGUCGCAUCACCUGCACAAAAUCACACGAAUAGCGCUUCCGGCAGUUCGGCAGCCGGUGCUCUGGUGGGUAAUAUUGGUGGUGGCGCUCCAGAAGGAGCAGCAUUCAUGAAUAGUUCUAUUACCGAGGGUUAUAUUGUUACCGGUGAUGAAAAGGAUUUGAAUGAACGGCUGGAAACUCUACUGAAUUGUUACAAUCGUGACUACAAUCCAGAGGUUUUGCAGCGUGGUGACUUCUGGGUGCUCAAGAAUUACGUGCGCGCCGAUCAUGGCGCGUUAAAGUGCACCGAAACAAUCACAUACACAACGCAUGCCGAUUAUUCAUUUUUGGAUAAUCUGAUACCUUUGCUAGAACGUUGGAAUGCACCUGUGAGUAUUGCGUUGCACACACCUGGCACCGACUAUCAACCUACCGUUGACUCCAUAAAGUACCUGCGUGAUUGUCUGCCUGAAAGCCAUUUGGUACGCGCUUUUACCACAUUUCACCUCUACUUUAGCACGAAACACAUACCUAAGCAAGUGAUGAAACAGGCGGACGUGCUCAAGACGCCCUAUAAUUGCACGAUACCACCCCCCUACUUCAAUAUUAGUUCCGGCCAUUUAUAUAAGUCACAAAAGAAACUAUUGUAUCCGGUGAAUGUGGGCAGAAAUAUAGCGCGCGAUGCCGCCCUAACACACUUUAUACUAGCCUCAGAUAUUGAGUUGUAUCCAAAUCCAGGUCUAGUGAAAAAAUUUCUCGAAAUGAUUGCGCGCAACGAAGCAUAUCUGCACCGUAAAGCGCCAAGAGUUUUCCCGCUGCCCAUUUUCGAGGUGGAAGCAAAUGUAUCUGUGCCACAUGACAAAACCGAAUUGCAAGAGUACUUGCGCACCGGCAAAGCGAUACCCUUCCAUAAGCGCGUCUGCGCCAGCUGUCAUGGCGUACCACAGUCCAAAGAGUGGAUGGCCGCCAAUGAGACGGAGGAACUGAGUGUCUUCCACAUAGGCAAACGUACUGGAUACUUUAGGCAUUGGGAGCCGAUUUACAUUGGAACGAAUGCGGAUCCGCACUAUGACGAACGGCUGAGUUGGGAGGGAAAAAGUGAUAAGAUGACGCAGGGUUAUGCGCUCUGUGUAUUAGACUACGAGUUCCAUAUUUUGGACAAUGCCUUCCUCGUGCACAAACCAGGCAUCAAAGUAAUACAAAAAGAUAAACGACGUGCCAUGUUGGCGGGUAAAACGAAUCAACUAAUAACCAAAAUCAUUUAUCCGGAAUUGAAGAUAAUGUAUGGCGUGCGACAGGGUUGCAAUGUAUAGUAACUAAUAAAUUGGCAAAAAAGUUGAAAAACUUUUUUAAGCUAUAAUAAGAAUGGAAUUAAAAGACUACUACUACAAUUCAAAAUACUACUUUUUUAAGUCGAAAAGUGUUAAAGAGAAAUAUUAUCGAUGGAGAUAUAAAAAAUAUAUAUAUUUAGAUAUUUGCCAGCAUAUUCAUAGUUAAUAACGAUUAGUAAUUAUCAAUUAGCAGCGUCGAUUCGAGCCAACGUAUUGUAAAUGUUUUUUAUAGAAUGCCUUUUUGAUUUCCGUUACGUUUUUGUUUAAAGUUGGAACCUCAAAAAUAUUUUUGUAUCUUAAAAAUAAGUGAUAACAGUGUCACAAAAAAUAACAUCUAGAUAAUAUCGCAUGUGUAUGUAUGCUUAAAAUUGUCUUUGCUCCAUGGCAUUGUUGUAUGAAAACGAUUUGUAAGAUUUAAAUGUGCGUAAAAAUGCAAAUUAACUUUACUUUUAUCACUUAAAAUAUACUAUGUAUGUACUAUUUUUUAAAUUAUAUAUUAUAUGUUUGUAACACAUAUACAUGUAUAUGUACAUAUAUGUGUGUACCUACAUUUGUAAUAUUUCAUUUAAAAACAAAUUGAACGUAUUAUAAUAUUUGUAUUGUAGUUUUUAACACCCGUGCGCAAGUAUGAAGCAAAACUUAAGAAAAAUGCAAACAAGAAAAAAAAAAUUCAUAAAAAUAAAAUGUAAAAAAUUGUAAAAACGAAAAUACGUUUAAAAUUAGAAAAAGGCAAAAUAAAGAAAAAUUUAGAUAUUUUUGUAUUGCUAAUUACAUAGUAAGAGUAGAGAGAGGCGAACAUAUUGCAAAAAAUAUAUGUAUGAGAGAAAAAAACGUAAACGCGUUGUAGUCAUACAACAACAUAUAAAUCUUGUAUAUCCUCAUACAAAAUGCGCGUUUGUUGCAAGAACGUCAUAAUGCAAAUGCAUGCAGAAAGGACAGAAAGUGGUUGUAAAAAAUAUAUAACUGCAUCUGUUGACAGCAAUGCGCAUAAGAAGAAAAUGUUCACUACGACAGUCGGUUCUACGUUACCGGAUUUCUAUCCGGCCAAUGACUUGUCACUACAGCAGCACUCCCCAGUAUAUGCAUGGGGAAUGUUUAUGCUGCUACAACAACAACAAGAAAAUGUUCUUGCAAGCUAUUAAGUGCUUCUUCAAAAAAAAAAAAACUUAAAUUUUUUAGGUUAUGACGUUCUUGCAGCCGACAUUUAUAUAUAAAAAAAUUAAAUGUAUUUAAAAGCUGAAGAAAACUGUGUAAAUCGCUUUAAGUGCAUACAUAGCAAACACGCACUUACACAUUUACAUAUGUACAUGGCUACACAUUUCCGCAAAAAUGUAUAGUUUAUAAGUUUAUGUAUGUAUGCUUUAUUGUUGUAUUAGUUUUAGAACUUGAAAGUUCCCUUCAUUUAUAUUUUACGUAAACAGUGACUUUAUUCAUUUUUUUUUCUUUUGUCUAUUUUUUUAAUUUUUGUUUUUUAAUUUACAACUGUAUUUACAGUUAACUAUAUCUUAAA